AUGGAAGAGAACUUCCUGUUCUGUAAACGACUGGAUACGACAACAAUAAGUGAGGAUCUGUUCAAGUUGGUUGACAGCUUCAUCAAGGAAGAAGACCUAAGCUGGGAUCAGUGUUUCAGUGUGUGCUCAGACGGAGCACCGGCAAUGCUAGGGGCACGUCAGGGUUUCAAUGCUAGGGUAAAACAAGUCAACCCCGCAGUGAUAGUGGUUCAUUGUCUGCCCCACCGGGAAAACCUUGCCUCCCGGAAACUGUCACUUGAGCUUAACUCUGUGAUGGAAAAUGUGAUUCAAAUAGUAAACUUUAUUAAAUCAUCAGCUCUGAAUUCAAGGCUGUUCAACCAGAUGUGCUCUGAUAUGGGGUCGGAGUAUGAACACCUGCUUUACUCCUCUGCCGUCAGGUGGCUGUCUCGAAGGAAAGUGCUCCAGAGAGUGUUUGAAAUGCAUACACAGGUUGAAAUCUUCUUGAACGAGAAGAAACACGCACUGGCAUUAAGGCUUUCGGAACCAAGGUGGUUGCUUCAGCUGGCAUAUCUGGCAGAUAUAUUCUCCGAGUUGAAUUUGCUGAUCAUGUCCACGCAAGGAAGGGAUGAAACUUAUCUCACUUUGUCAGAAAAACUCAAGGCAUUCAAGGCGAAACUGAGAUUGUGGAAGGGAAAGAUUGAACGGGGGAAAGCUGCAUCCUUUCCACUCUUGAACCUUUUUCUCGAAGAUGAAGAGGACGUCUCACUUCUGGAUGUACAAAAUAUCAUUGUUGAGCAUCUUGAGAAAUUGAUUGAUGAGUUCGACAGGUAUAUUCCGGAUGAAGAAUUGCACGAGAAAUGCAAAUGGGUGCGCAGACCCUUCGAUGUUCAAUUCGAAGACCUCUCAGAAGAAGAGUCUUCCAUUCGAAGUCUCCAAGAGGAGCUCAUCGAAGUACAACGUGAUGAAACUCUCCGCUUCAACUUUCAGCGACAGUCACUCGGCGUGUUUUGGACUGCUGUUAAGAAGGAGAAACCAGUCCUUGAAAGCGAAGCUGUGAAAGUGCUAUUGCCAUUCGCUACUACUUAUUUGUGCGAAUCCGGGUUUUCCGCUCUGGCUCUUAUCAAAAGAAAAAGCAGGAAUCGGUUGCAACCUGAACACGAUUUCAGAGUAGCACUUUCCUCGACUGAGCCACGGCUGGAGAAACUUACCAGCCAGAUUCAGGCUCAAGGCUCCCAUUAG